GUGUUGUUUUGAUAUCCCACGUGGAAUAUCGUCCCACAAGCGGAACAUCAACCGACCGUGCGAUUGUUUCUGGCGGAACAUUUAACAUGUCGUACCAAACAUUCCGCGAGAAAGAACAGGAAGUCAUUUUAGCAAGGUAAGUUUGCAUAUUUUGUAAAAAUAUGACAGUUCAGUGAAAAAUAUAAAAUGUAACACAUAUCGUCCUACAAUCUCCAAUAAUAUAGCAAGUGAACUCUAACCUGAAUCCAUAGAUUAUUUAGACGAGGCGGCCGAUAGUGGAGAUCCAGCGCACAUGCACUAGGCUUGAUGUGCAUUCCCGGCGGUCGUGUCCCCCGUGGACCUGCUUAUACAUACAGAGUCCUAUUAAGGCUGAAAAGGUAACAUGUUCCUCUAACUAGCUUUAAUGGCGAGAAGGCGGGAAAAAUCGUCGAAAGUAUGCGUAUUUUAUUAAAGACCAUUUUCCUAUUUUCGGACAAUUUAUGAUGUUGCACAUUGCGUUCAGCCAAGGGUGUGCAACAUCCUAAAUUGUCCGAAAAUUGGUGGCGAUAGUGCAGAUCCAGAGCCCACUAUCGGCUGCCUAGGCUAUAGAUUAUUAAGACUCAUUGAUUCACGGCAGGACAUACAUUGUGAAUUGCAAAUGUAACAAAACACUUGGCUAGCUAACGUUAGCUAGCUACUUAGUGUGGCAUUGCCUGCUUGCGGUUUAUUAUGAAUUCACUAGAUAGCUCAUGCUAUCUGUCUGAUAACUGUUAGGAACAGUAGCUAUUAACAAUAUCGCAUAGUCAGACAAUUACUCUGGUCUAGCUGGCUGAUAGGCGCUAUUAGAGAUAGGUACUGUUUGGAGUAGCACAGAUAAUUUUCGACCAACCUUAACUUGUCGAUACUUCCUCAAUUCCCGACUUGGAAGACAACUAAUGUCUUCUAAAUGUCCAUGUCUAGUUGCAGGGGGUUCGUUGGAAUUGAGAAAAUACUCCAGAAUUUCCGACCAACAUUAACUUGUCGAUACUACCUCAAUUCCCGACUUGGAAGACAACCAAUGUCUUCUAAACGUCCAUGUCUAGUUGCAGGGGGUUCGUUUGAAUUUAGAGAAUGCUCCAUUAUUAAAUUAAAUCCAUUGUUUGCUCUAUGAAGUAAUCCAACAAUGUAUACGCUGCCAUCUUGUCUAUUUUAAAUCUCUCAUUGAUUGAGACCGGUGGGUAUCCACCCAAGUGCUGCAUGUCAUGACACUCGCCUGUCUUGAUCAAUGAGAGAAGAUUUGAAAUUGACAAAAUGGUGGCAUACACAAUGUUGGAUUACUUAAUGGAGCCUGUUACAAUCUGCUAGCUACAUGUUAGCUAAACUCAAAUAGUGGAUUAUCUUUGUCUUUCCACAGUCUGUGAUGGUGUAUGUCAGUCAUGGAAAGCCAUUCAGCUAUGGCACAAAAUAAAACACUAGUCUGUAAAGGCAAAGAGUUCAACCCUAUUGUGUGUGGUCUGUCCUUCGUGACAAAGGACAUCAUUUGUAUAUGAAUGACAACGUGUCAUGUUCCCCUCAUGUUUCCCCUCACUCCAGAUGUGACAAGUGUCAGUGAGGAUAAUGUGCGUUUGACUGCAGAGAGAGGAGAUGAUGCUCCCUGCCAGAUUCACUUCUCAGGUCAUUCUGAGCACCUGGAGGAGGCUUCACCAUGGAACCUGCUACUCCAACCUCCCUAGCCUCUCCAGCAAAUACCUGAACAAGCAGAGGAAAACCAUGGUCUCUACCCACCACCCAGAAAAUAGUGUUUUUAAACGAGUCUUCCACAGCCCGCGAGCAUGGUUGUUACAUCCACCAACCAGACUGGAAGCCACCACCACGCCCUGUGGGAAAAGACUGUUCAGCCUGUCAGCGGCUGGGAUUGUAAACUCUGCCCCAGCGCCCGUGCAACCCUACCUCAGAUUAAUGAGACUUGACAAACCAAUCGGUUAGUAGCUUUAAUGUUGAUUUAGGAUUUGAAUGUUCUAUUAUGUGGUAGGUGGAUAACUGAUGGACUAUAGAGUUAAGUCUGGAAUCGUAUUAUAAUUUUGUCUGUUUAAUGGUAGCCCUUUACACUCGUACCCGUAUACGGGUUGAAAAUGGCUAGAUUUGGGCACUAAUAAACACCUAAAUUGGAACGUAGUGGCUCUACAGUAACAUGCUAUACAUGACGUAAGAGCUCUGACUCUGCGCUUUACAGCGCUGUAUGGAUUUUGACUGACAGCCGUUCUGAACUUGAGCACCACGCACAACAAGAAGUUGCCACCAUCUCUCCUGGUAAUUGGGCAACUUUUGCAUAUUUUUUGUUGUCUGAGUGAGGGAAAUUAUAUAAAUUAAGAUUACUCUAUGUAUUUUGAAAGAUGAGAUGUUGAGGAUUAUAAUAAAUACCGCUUUGAUGUCAUACAAGCAAGCCAAACACCCGUGAGUCCAAAUGUGCACUUCACAUUUCCAAUCAUAAAACUCAUGUAAUAUACAGUGUCAACGUUUGUGAUCACUAUGUUUGAUGUACAGUUACAAGAUGACAUGGCAUCAUAACCUGAGUUGUUCUGAACAGAAUGAGCCUGUGUUUGUUUAUUGUGAAAACAAUUUGUCGCAGCAUACACACCUAAAUGCACUCAUGACACACCAAAUUUACAAUCCAUUUUUCUGAAUUGCCUUGUGAAAGCCUAACACUGUAAGAUCAUAUUUUUUUAUUUCACUAGUCAUGUUGGCAAUAGAACAAGCUUUCAAAUCAUGCCCACCUAACCCAGAUUGUGGUUUUUAAUGGACCGUUUUUGGAUUGCGUAAACAUCGACAGUAAUUGAGUGAUUUCAGGGUUGUUUUCCAAACAAACAACUACAAGUGUGCUUUCUCUAGUUCCUCAACAGCACAGCUAGUAGAGCUCCAAAAAGUACCUUUAUAGUUGAAGACUCUUCUUUGAGUCAUAAAAGUGCAUUGAAAUAGCUUAGGAACUGCACACGUUGGAGAGGUGUGUGUGCCCACUUGGAGACAUAAGUUAGUCCUCUCACUCAAACCCUUGUCAUUUUUUUGUCUUAUGUUGCCCCUACCCCACAUUUUCCAGGAAUAGUCUUAUCAUUUUACUGAAUGUAUCCAGAGUAUUUUCAGAUUUCGUUAUCAACAAAUACGGCAAAGUACAGUAAAUGUAAAAUGCACAUAAAAACAACAGUGUAAUGUUUGGAUUCAGUCUUGUGUCAGGUGAACUCUUGUGUACUCACCUUUUGGUCUAAUAAUUUUCCCAUUAUCUCAAAACUGUUCCCUUUCAUUUGCUACCGUGGUUAUGCAAAUGAUUUUCAUAGUUCUUCUGUAAGAAACAUUUCAAUUUAGCCCUAUUCAUAUAGGCCAAUUCCCAUGAAUGUGAUGGGUUAAGAUGUGUAUGUAUGAGGUGUCUGAGACGCCAUCAGUUGUUCUUCAUUCAAUGUUUUGAAACAUUGAUCUGAUUGCCUGUUCUUUGUGAUAUAGGAACAUGGUUGUUGUACCUGCCUUGCACUUGGAGCAUCGGCCUGGCUGCAGACCCAGGCUGCCUCCCACAUCUGGGCAUGCUCACGUUAUUCGGCACUGGGGCCCUGCUGAUGAGAGGGGCUGGCUGCACCAUCAAUGACAUGUGGGACAAGGACUUUGACAAGAAGGUGAUCCACUAGUUAUCACUUUUUCAUAGUAUAGGCAUACUCAUCCCUUUUGUUAAAGGCCUACUCCAGUCUCCUUUUCACCUCAUUUACCUCUCUGGUAUGCAAUCUGGUUUCCGCUCAGGUUAUGGAUGUGUCACUGCAACCUUAAAGGUCCUAAAUGAUGUCACCAUUGCCCUUGAAUCUAAGAAAUGUUGUGCUGCUAUUUUUAUUGACUUGGCCAAAGGUUUUGAUAUGGUAGACCAUUCCAUUCUUGUGGGCCGGCUAAGGAGUAUUGGUGUCUCUGAGGGGUCUUUGGCCUCGUUUGCUAACUACCUCUCUCAAAGAGUGCAGUGUAUAAAGUCAGAACAUCUGCUGUCUCAGCCACUGCCUGUCACCAAGGGAGUACCCCAAGUCUCGAUCCUAGGCCCCACGCUCUUCUCAAUUUACACCAACAUAGCUCAGGCAGUAGGAAGCUCUCUCAUCCAUUUAUAUGCAGAUUAUACAGUCUUAUACUCAGCUGGCCCCUCCCUGGAUUUUGUGUUAAACGCUCUACAACAAAGCUUUCUUAGUGUCCAACAAGCUUUCUCUGCCCUUAACCUUGCUCUGAACACCUCCAAAACAAAGGUAAUGUGGUUUGGUAAGAAGAAUGCCCCUCUCCCCACCGGUGUGAUUACUACCUCUGAGGGUGUAGAGGUAGUCACCUCAUACAAGUACUUGGGAGUAUGGCUAGACGGUACACUGUCCUUCUCUCAGCACAUAUCAAAGCUGCAGGCUAAGGUUAAAUCUAGACUUGGUUUCCUCUAUCGUAAUCGCUCCUCUUUCACCCCAGCUGCCAAACUAACCCUGAUUCAGAUGACCAUCCUAUCCAUGCUAGAUUAUGGAGAUGUAAUUUAUAGAUCGGCAGGUAAUGGUGCUCUCGAACGGCUAGAUGUUCUUUACCAUUCGGCCAUCAGAUUUGCCACAAAUGCUCCUUAUAGGACACAUCACUGCACUCUAUACUCCUCUGUAAACUGGUCAUCUCUGUAUACCCGUCGCAAGACCCACUGGUUGAUGCUUAUUUAUAAAACCGUCUUAGGCCUCACUCCCCCCUAUCUGAGAUACCUACUGCAGCCCUCAUCCUCCACAUACAACUCCCGUUCUGCCAGUCACAUUCUGUUAAAGGUCCCCAAAGCACACAAAUCCCUGGGUCGCUCCUCUUUUCAGUUUGCUGCAGCUAGCGACUGGAACAAGCUGCAAAAAACACUCAAACUGGACAGUUUAUCUCCAUCUCUUCAUUCAAAGACUCAAUCAUAGACACUCUUACUGACAGUUGUGGCUGCUUCGCGUGCACUACGACAGCAUCGCAGUGCUAGCUGUGCCACUAGAGAUCCUGGUUCGAAUCCAGGCUCUGUCGUAGCCGGCCGCGACCGGGAGACCCAUGGGGCGGCGCACAAUUGGCCCAGCGUCGUCCAGGGUAGGGGAGGGAAUGGCCGGCAGGGAUGUAGCUCAGUUGGUAGAGCAUGGCGUUUGCAACGCCAGGGUUGUGGGUCGAUUCCCACGGGGGGCCAGUAAAAAAUAAAUAAAUAAAUGUAUGCACUCACUAACUGUAAGUCGCUCUGGAUAAGAGCGUCUGCUAAAUGACUAAAAAUGUAAAUGUCAUUUUUUUUUAUUGUUGUCUCUACCUUCUUGCCUUUGUACUGUUGUCUGUGCCCAAUAAUAUUUGUACCAUGUUUUGUGCUACUACCAUGUUGUGCUGCUGCCAUGUUGUGUUGCUACCAUGUUGUUGUCAUGUGGUGUUGCUACCUUGCUGUGUUGUCGUGUGUUGCUGCCAUGCUAUGCUGUUGUCUUAGGUCUCUCUUUAUGUAGUGUUGUGGUGUCUCUCUUGUCAUGAUGUGUGUUUUGUCCUAUAUUUUUAUUUUUAAUCCCAGCCCCUGUCCCGGCAGGAGGCCUUUUACAUUUGGUAGGCCGUCAUUGUAAAUAAGAAUUUGUUCUUAACUGACUUGCCUAGUUAAAUAAAGGUUAAAUAAAUACAAUAAAAUAAAAUGAACACCCGAUUUACUUAACAAAAAGGCACAUCUCAAUAGGUGGUCCAGGUGUCUCAUGACAUCGCACAAGUGCUUUUGUUCCUCAAGCAAGGGAGGAGGCUGAUGAAAUCAGCGGGGCACCAUCAGACUAACUACUACUUUAAUUUAGCUCAAAACAUACUUUUUUUUGUCCUUUAGUGUGUGUACUUUUGAUUUGGGAUAUCGUUUUUCAACAGGAAAAGUUUUUAAAAAUCGCUGGAGGGUGUCUUUAAGUCACAUAGUUUAUGACCAAAAGCAAUUAAUCUUUACUCAAAGCAGCACCAAAUGGAACAAACUGACAUGGAAAUUAUACAAUCAUAGGACUUAAUUGAAAGGCUUUCGACUGUAUUCAUGUUUUUGCCUCAUCUUUUUUUUUUUUUCAGGUUGCCAGGACAGCUACUCGGCCAAUUGCUGCAGGGGAGAUCUCUCAGAUGCAGGCCCUAGUCUUCUUGGGAGGUCAGCUUUCUCUGGCACUGGGGGUCCUGCUUUGCCUCAAUUAUUACAGGUACAUUCCCCAUUCAAACCAAAGAACAUAUUAGCCAGCUGUGAAAUACUUUUCUAAAAUUAGAUUAAGGCUAGAUUGUGAAAGUGCACAUAAUUGUGACCGGAGCGCUGUCUUGUCCAAGAGCAGACCACUUGGACAGAUGUGAUGACAUUUGACUUUCCCAUUCACAGUAUAGCUCUUGGAGCUGCUUCCCUAUCUCUGGUAGUCACAUAUCCACUAAUGAAGAGGAUCACCUACUGGCCACAGCUUGUAUUGGGUAUGUCUUUGUAAAUACUUUUUAAUCUGCAUUGUUUCAAUUGUCACAAAUAAUAGCUACCCCUUUGCAAUAGAGAGUUAGAGAAGUAAUUACCCUUGCAUGAGCCAGAAUGGCUCAUAGGGCGAUCUGGACAAAAAUCCAUAUCGCGAUAAAUGUACCCAUUUUUUACGAUAACAAUGAAUCAGCGAUUUAAAUUACAAUAAAAUAUUUUUUGGGGAGGUGCUAGAGCUGGGCGUUCUGGACAACAGUCAUAUUAAAUGUAACUAUUUUGCUCGAUAACAACCAAUACAAUGAUAAAUAAAUGUUUUGAUGGACAGUUACUUUACAUUAGCAGCAGGGCUCUAGACACAAAAAUAAUCUGUGCCAAGUAAAACAACGGAGAUGGUAGCCUAUGAUAAAACAAGUAAGUUGUUUCAUCUAACAUAUCCAGGAAAUGCAUGAUUGAUAUUUUGAUGUGCCACCUGGCAAAAUAGGAUCCAGAAUGAUCUGAUUUAUUUUAGGCUCUUCAGAGAAUAUGCCAACAUCUUUGUGCAUAUUGUCCGAGGCUAUAUUAUUCACCACCUAAGGAAGUGGGAACUCAAAACACUUAGCUAGAUUGCUAAAUGUGAUAUGGUUGCUAAAUAGCCAUGUAGGCUAAUCGAUUAAUCUAUCAGUAAAUGUAAUGUCCUACAAAACUUUCCAGCGCUAGGCCUAGGCUACUUGAUGUAGGCCUAUUCAUUGCAAAUGGCGCUGCCUAUUCAUUGCAAAACCAUACUAACUACAUCCUACUCCGGUUGUAAAGUGGUGCCAUGAAUUCAAUAUUAAGAGGUGAGAAAUACAUGAUAUACUCACAGAAAGCUGUGACUCUCUCUGUAACUAGAACAACAGUAGUUGCUUUGAAAACUGUAUUUUUCCCGCAAUAGCAUUUUGCGCAACGGUCAUAUGCUUGUGCUUCUCAGAAUGCAUCUCUCCCUCCUCCAUGCGCACAGUGUGGAGAGGGAGUGAGAGUCAGCAGUUGCCAGUGAAACAGGGACAGGCAGAUACUUUCAUAGCAGGAAUCAACAUAAUGCAAAGGCUAUUAUUGUAGACCGAAUAAUGGUUUUAAAUCAAUCUACAGGAACGUUAUGUGGCAAAAUGCUUUGGUAAGAGGAAAUGUCAGUAAUUUUCGGUUUAUCGUCACAGCUCUAAGCAGGAGCCUAUCUCCUGUUUCUGUAGCGUGAGGCAGCUUGAUGUAUAAGUACACCCCCUGGACAGGACUUUAGUUUGCCGCAGGGCCUUACCCCCAAUCUGGCUCCUUAAUGCUGAGUGCCAAGCAGAGACUCAUCGGGUCCCAUUUUUACAGUCUUUGAUAUUACUCGGCCAGGGAUCGAACUCCCAACCUUCCGAUCUCAGGGCGCACACUAACCACAAGGCCACUGAGUUGGUCUUUGCGAUAGAGCUGCCAUAUACAGUGCAUUCGGAAAGUAUUCAGACCACUUGACUUUUUCCACAUUUUGUUACGUUACAGCCUUACCCUAAAAUGGAUUAAAGAGGGGAGGAAAUCCUCAUCAAUCUACACACAAUACCCCAUAAUGACGAAGCGAAAACAGGUUUUUAGAUUGUUUUGCAAAUUUAUUAAGAAUAAAAAAACAGAAAUACCUUAAUUACAUAUCUAUUCAGAAACUUUGCUAUGAGACUCGAAAUUGAGCUCAGGUGUAUCCUGUUUCCAUUGAUCAUUCUUGAGAUGUUUUUACAACUUGAUUGGAGUCCACCUGUGGUAAAUUCAAUUGAUUGGACAUGAUUUGAAAAGGCACACACCUGUCUAUAUAGGGUCCCAAAGUUGACAGUGCAUGUUAGAGCAAAAAUCAAGCCAUGAGGUCGAAGGAAUUGUCCGUAGAGCUCCGAGACAGGAUUGUGUCGAGGCACAGUCUGGGCAAAGGGUACCAAAACAUUUCUGCAACAUUGAAGAUCCCCAAGAACACAGUGGCCUCCAUCAUUCUUAAAUGGAAGAAGUUUGGAACAACCAACACACUUCCUAGAGCUGGCCGCCUGGCCAAACUGAGCAAUCGGGGGAGAAGGGCCUUGGUCAGGGAGGUGACCAAUAACCCGAUGGUCACUCUGACAGACCUCCAGAGUUCCUCUGUGGAGAUGGGAGAAACUUCCAGAAGGACAACCAACUCUGCAGCACUCCACCAAUCAGGGCUUUAUGGUAGAGUGGCCAGAUGGAAGCCACUCCUCAGUAAAAGGCACAUGAGUGCCAAAAGGCACCUAAAGGACUCUCAGACCAUGAGAAACAAGAUUCUCUGGGCCUGAUUAAACCAUGAUUGAACUCUUUGGCCUGAAUGCCAAGCGUCACAUCUGGAGGAAACCUGGCACCACCCCUACGGUGAAGCAUGGUGGUGGCAGCACCACACUGUGGGGAUGUUUUUCAGCGGCAGGGACUAGGAGACUAGUCAGGAUCGAGGGAAAGAUGAACAGAGCAAAGUACAGAGAGAUCCUUGAUGAAAAUCUGCUCCAGAGUGCUCAGAACCUCAGACUGGGGCAAAGGUUCAUCUUCCAACAGGACAACGACCCUAAGCACACAGCCAAGACAACUCGGGAGUGGCUUUGGGACAAGUCUCUGAAUGUCCUUGAGUGGACCAGCCAGAGCCCGGAUUUGAACCCGAUCAAACAUCUCUGGAGGGACCUGAAAAUAGCUGUGCAGCGACACUCCCCAUCCUACCUGACAGAGCUUGAGAGGAUAUGCAGAGAAGAAUGGGAGAAACUCCCCAAAUACAGGUUUGCCAAGCUUGGAGCCUCAUACCCAAGAAUACUUGAGGCUGUAAUCAUUGCCAAAGGUGAUUCAACAAAGUACUGAGUAAAGGGUCUGAGUACUUAUGUAAAUGUGAUAUUUCCUGUGGGUUUUUUGUGAUAAAUUAGCUAUAAAAAAAUAUGUCUGUAACGUAACAACAUUUGGAAAAAUUCAAGGGGUCUGAAUACUUUCUGAAUACUCUGUAAACAAAAUAAAACGCUUGUUUCUCCUCAGGACUGACCUUCAAUUGGGGAGCACUGCUUGGAUGGUCAGCGGUCAUGGGCUCCUGUGAGUGGUCGGUGUGCCUACCUCUGUAUUUCUCAGGAGUGAUGUGGACAUUAAUUUAUGACACCAUCUAUGCCCAUCAGGUAUUAAGUGUACACGUGCUAUGACUGUCAUGUUGUGGCAAUUUAAGGUUGCUGUUGCAAAUGUUGGUGCUUCCUCAGUUCAUGCUGUUUGUUGGAGAAUAUUCUAGAUUGUUCUGUGAAUGACGACUCUGUUUAUAAUGUGUGCAUUACAUUCCUUCCUAUUGUCACCAGGACAAAGAUGACGACAUCAGGGUAGGGGUCAAGUCUACAGCAUUGAGGUUCCAGGAGCAGACCAAGCCGUGGCUCAGUGGGUUCAUGGUGGCCAUGAUGUCAGGGCUGAUUGUGGCUGGGGUCAAUGCAGAACAGACUCUGCCUUAUUACGCAACACUGUCCACUGUGGCUAUUCACCUCACACAUCAGGUGGGGGUAUAUUUGAUAUACUCUGUGCUAACAUUUCAGUUUGAGAUGAUUAAAUAAUGAUUUCGCCUUGGUUAUGCAGAGAAAUAUAAUUAUAUGUGGUUAUGUUAAUGUUUUACACAGAACCCUCAACUGUGAAUCAUUCCACAAUACUCAAGACAAUACAUCCCAACAACUAUUUUCAAUGUAUGUGACUGAUUGUGAUGCUUUUCUCUUUAUCGGGUAGAUUUACACAUUGGACAUCAACAAACCAGAGGACUGCUGGAAGAAAUUUGUUUCAAACAGAAACCUUGGACUACUCCUGUUCUUAGGAAUAGUCUGUGGAAACUUGUGGAAAGAAAGAAGAGACACUUUAUUGCAAAAUGAUUAACUAGAUGUACAAAGAACUUCUCAGAACACAAGAAUUACAUUGUAGUGUGCAGAGGACAUUCUAGUUAUAUAGUAGUACACAACCCAUUAUUUUGUAAGUCUUGACCGUAUUGGGUGAUGUCUCUAAAUAAAG